AUUUGUUGCAGAAGAGCUGAAGAAGGGUAAUCACGUGAGACCUGAAGCUUUUGAAUGUGUGACUAUUUUCUUCAGUGACAUUGUUGGUUUUACAGCUCUAUCGGCAGAAAGCACGCCAAUGGAGGUUGUUGACUUUUUAAACGACCUCUACACUUGCUUUGACUCCACCAUCGAUAACUAUGAUGUGUAUAAGGUGGAAACUAUUGGUGAUGCCUACAUGGUGGUUUCUGGUUUGCCAAUCAAAAAUGGCAAUGAGCAUGCCAGAGAAAUAGCUCGUUUGUCCCUUGCUUUGCUUGUUGCAGUAGGAAAUUUUAAAAUUCAACACCGGCCUGAGAGAAAGUUGAAGUUACGAAUCGGAAUUCAUUCGGGUCCUUGCGUGGCGGGAGUAGUCGGCCUUAAAAUGCCUCGGUAUUGUUUAUUUGGUGAUACUGUGAACACUGCGUCUAGAAUGGAGUCUAACGGUGAAGCUCUGAAGAUACAUGUGAGCCACGAGACCAAAAAAAUUCUCGACAUUUUUGGAAAUUUUCGUCUAUCUGUUCGAGGGGACAUUGAACUAAAA